UUAUGGCAUUUAUGCUUUUAUUCUGCCAUUUCGCUGUUUGGAAUGAUUAUCUGCUGAUAUUGAAUGAAUCGAAUGCAAGAUAUUUAUUACAUUACAGAUAUUACAUUUUAGAGUUAAUGAAUAAUGAGCUCUUCUCUUCACAUCUUUCAUUAAGGAAUUGAAAGAUAUCUACGAUUUGUGUGAAGUGAUAGUGAUACAGUGAAAAUGGAGCCUGCUGCACCAGGAACAGAGGACGACCCAGUUUGUACUCAAGAAUAUCAAACCGAGUUCAAACCGACCAAAAAGGACGCCGUAGAGGAACAAGCACUGUCGAAGAAGGCCUUUCUACCUAAUGGAACCUACGGCAAUAUCUUCUUGCUGGAAUAUGUACAAGGAGCACCGCACUGGUUCUGUAGAGUAUGCGAAAGGCCUGUUUUUGGGCAAGUUUUUAAUCACGAACUUGGUAAAAGACACGUGUCGAGAUUGAAACUUGGCAAAAACGAUGACGACCACAGGGAUAACGAAGGAAAUGGAAAAUCGGCCAAGGGUCCUGGAAUUGAAGUUGUUAUUGCCCCUGGCGAGCCUUUACCUCCAGGUUUUGAGGGGGAGGUUGAGCCAUCGCAAACAAUUAUUCAGGAACGUUUGGAUAAAUUCAAUGCAGGACCUUUGGUUGGAUUGGAAUACUUGUUGGAGCUUAUAGAUUAUGACCCUUCUAAGGAGCCUGCGUAUAUGUGCAUCCUUUGCCAUAAGAAGGGGGAUCCCCGAACAAUUUUGACACAUCUGGCGAGUUAUAAUCAUCAGUUGACUUAUUUGCAAAAACACUUUCCGACUGCGUAUCGCCAUAUAGCACCGUAUAUGGUGAAGGGGUAUAAGAGAAAUUGGCAGAAUGGACUUCUCAAGAUUGUCGAGGCCAUAGAAGCGACAUUCGGACGUUUGAAACCCAUACAAGUGGAAAACGCUAAAUACAGCAAGGAUCAAAUGUACUAUGUGGAGAUGGUCGCCAAAGCAAAACAUUUCAGCGAAUUAUCAGGCCAAACAUUUGAGAAUGUAGUUACAAAAGAGGAGCUGACCAGAGUUCACGAGAUACCAAAAGGUAUUGUAACAACAACAGCAGUUAUAAGUAAACCAAUGAAAAGGAAGAGUCCGUCCCCACCUGUUGUUGCCAAACCUAUGAAGAAACCAAAAAUGCCAGCUGAAAAUAAAUCGAAAAGAAGAUCUCUUUCCCCUGUGUCUGAUGUUUCUAGUAGUGAUCUAGAAGACUUUGAUGUCAAAUCUCCUAAAAAACCGAUCAAAUACAAUGAGAUUUUCAGGAGGCCCCCGGUCGAGAGAAGUCAAUACACAAAAAGAGAAGGCAACAUGCCUUGGCAAAAGUCGAGCUACCGGAAAGAUAGGCCGCAACCUGUAAUUGAGAGGACCAGGGAUGAAAAGGUUGAGAAAAUGGAGGAGUACAAAAGAUUGGCCAAAGCCAUAGAUAAUCAGAUGGAGAUAGUUCUGAAGAAGCACAAGGAGAAUCCCGAGAAACAUCCCAAGUAUAAUGACGAGUGGAAAAAAUUCUGGAAUGCCAGGUACAAGGAAUUGCAGGCAGAGGGGAAGAAUGCCUCUACACACGAUUUCAAACCGGAAUGGAUCGAGUGUUGGAAUAAACGAAUGUUGGAAUUGCAUAAAGAAGAAAUAGUAUCCAGCAAAGCCGCCCUGAGAAAGAGAUUAGGCCUUGGAGAAGAACCGGCUCCGAUCUCGUUCAGGAUUGGAGAGAGGCGAAAAGCCCAAGGUGCAAGCUAUAAACCUACCCCUACGGCUGCCCAACCCGAUAACGAUCCCGAGGUAAUAGUGAUCGAUGAUACCGAAGAAGAUUUGGUCUUGAAGGGAAGAAACCGAUCCAGAUCACCGGUCAAGAAGAGAGAUCACUCUCCCCAGUUCCGAAGGCGGUCGCCUGUCAGGAAACGCAGCCCCUCCCCUUCCCGCCAAAAGAAUUCCCCCUCUCCGCCAUCUUAUCGUCGCAGGGAGCGUUCUCCACCCACUCGUCGUAGAGACUCUCCUCUAUCUCGACGAAAGGAGUCCCUGGUCUCGUCCCGAAGGGAGUCGCCCCCAUCGAGAAAGAAAGAAUCUCCGAAGAGACAGCUGUCUCCGCUUUCACGAAGGAAAGGCUCGCCGUUUUAUCACAAGGCCCCUUCGCCCCCUACUAGGCUCAGGGAGGAUAAAUUGUCCCCUCCGAGGGACAGGUUCGAGAGGACGAGGGAGAGGUCCGAGGAAAGAUCGAGAUCAUCGAGGGGCAAGUCGAGAGAGAUCAGUUGGGAAAGGGAAAGAGAGAGACGUAGGGAUUAUGACGAAAAACACUGGGACAGACCGUACAGGGGUAGGGAGUAUCCUUGGGAGCACGAUCUUCACCCCGGUUUCAAUUCGAAUCCGUACGCUCCCCCAAAAAUUCUGAGGGACGUAACAAGAAAACCCGUUUUGACUCCGGAACCUCCAUCGUAUUCAGAGAUAUCGGAACCAAUCGAAGACGAUGGUGACGUUAACAUAGUUGCCGUUUUGAGACUACUGACAGCUUUAGAGGAGAAGUUAGGUUCUCUAGGACCCAAAGUCAUCGACCUGCUUUCCCAAGCCUUGGCCAUGGAGAAAAAGGUGCCGAACAGUUCCGAAGAACUGUUGGACAGCGAAAUGAACUGCGUGCUGUUCGAAACUGUAAAGGAGAAGCUGAAAGGACAACUUCAGGCAGGUUUGGUGGAUUGGAUUCAGGAGAAGGCCUUUAAAACUGCCAUUAGAAAAACGGCAAGUCUGAUUCAUGAAGCUGGAGAAAGGAAAAAGCAGAAGGAAGAAGAAAUGCCGAAAAAACCGGUAGUCGUACCUGGUAUUGGAAAAGUAGACAAGGGAAAAAUAGCUAGACAGAUAGCUAAUGCUUUGAUAGCUCAGGGAAAGACGGAUGUUACUCAAAGUGAACUCGAAGAACUCAUAAAUGCAGUGGUUGGUAUAGCUGAGGCGCAAAAGAAUAGCUCGGAGCCUUUGACAACGGCAAGUUUCUUAGAAAAAUUAGCCGCCUCGCAACCAAAAGAGACUAAACCGACUAUUGAACCGAAGGUGGAACCUGAACCAAAGGUGCAGCCUGAACCAAAAGAAGAAAAAGAAACCGUUCAUAAACUUGAGGAGGACAUAGAAGUUUCGAGUAGUUCCCAAGAUAAAAGUACAAUAAAUAUGGAAGGAUUAUCUGAUUCUGAUUUGGAGACACUAUUGCAAAACUUCAAGGACCUCUCGAGUGAUGAGCAGGUCGGUCUUAUAAAUUACUUGAAGAAACUCGAGGCAAGGGAACCAGAAAGAGUUGAGAAAUUGAGAAAAUUCGUGAAUCUUUCCGAAAGCACUGAUGACAAGGAUAAUACGGGAAAAUACAGUCCAUCUACGGCAAAGAUAGAGGAUUUUACCAACAAAGAAAGUAGUGAAAAGAGAAAUGACGAAAUUAAGGAAGAUAAAAAGGAUUUAAAUAAUUUGGAACUUAUCAGUAUAGACUCUGAAGAUGAAUAUUCGUUUGACGAUGUUGCGAAAGCUGUGUCACAAAAAGUGAUAGAGAACGAGAAGGAACAGAAGAGAUUGGAACAUAAGAACUUGGAAAAUAAAAACCUGGACGAUGCAAAAGCUUUUAUUACUUCCUUGAUGAGUUCUUUGAACAAAACCGUUUCUCAAUCAUCAACAACAACAACAACAAAUUCACCAGUUGUUUCUAGUGUCACAACCACCAACAAGGAAAAAAUAAAUUUGAUUUCUAAUAUUCCCAUCAGUUCAGUUGACGUUGCGAAUUCUCUGAGUGGAAUCACAAUGAGCAUGUCGAGUCUUGGAAAUAUACUUGGCAAUGUUCAAAGCCUAACCAAUAAGGCCCAGGCGGUUCAACAACAACAAGAACGUCAGCCGGAACUGAAGUUGAACAUUCCGAUACAACCUUUAAAACCAAGCAUUGUCCCCUCGGCUCCUACAAACAGUUCGAGAAAUCCUUACAAUGACUUCGACAUUGCGGGUCAGAGAGAUCAAAAAAGUAAAACUGUGAAAGGUCAACCGAACAAGUCUUACGACGAGUUCAAUAUAGGUCCAAUACCGCAAGAUGUGAAAGAUGAUGUCAGACCUCAAGGACCUUCAAGUAGCAGACUGAUGGAUAAACCUCUAGGUUAUUCCGAUUUACCUCGAUCUUCAAAUUCACCGUUUCCGGAAAGGAUACCCCAAUCAAAUACAAAUCUACCAUUCACGAACUUGCAAAGGAAUCCAAUCAGAGGAACUGCCAUUCAAGACAAACAGUUACCACUGUUCUCUAACAAUCAGUUUCCUGCAAAGGGUGGCCCGUUCCCUGACAAAUUCCGAACUGGGGGUAACAAUUUCGAGUUGAGCGGUGGUAGCAGAGGUGAUCUCGAGCCUAGGACUUCCGACUUUAGAGCGGGGACAUCUGACGUUAGGGGCGGUGUGGGCAAUUUCAGGACUUCUACAGAUUACAGAGACGCUCCAAAUAAUUACAGAGACGCACCGAGCAGUUACAGAGAUUCACCGAAUAGUUACAGGGAGGCACCGAGUAGUUACAGAGACGCUCCGAAUAGUUACAGAGAAGCACCGAAUAGUUACAGAGAUGCACCGAAUAAUUACAGAGAUGCUCCGACUAGUUAUAGAGAUGCACCGAAUGAUUAUAGAGAUGAUUCAAAUGAUUAUAGAGACGCUCCAGAUGAUUAUAGAGAUGCUCUGAACGAUUACAGUGAUGCUCCGAAUGAUUACAGAGACUCCCCGAAUGAUUAUAGAGGCGCUCCGAGCAAUUACCGAGGUGGACCAUCAAAUAUAAGGGGAAAUGAUUUCAGAGAUGCUAGAGCUUCUCAAGGAAAUAGUAAAAGCACCGUUGAGGACUCCAGAAAUAAAACGAAUGACUAUAGAGGCGGUUUUGGAAAUCCAAGAGGUGGUCAGGCUAAUAAAAUGGGGGGAAAUGUUAAUUAUGGUAAUCGGCAAAAUAGCUUUCCACCUGCACCUAGAUAUCCUCAGCAGGGUAAUAAUUUUAAUGCUUACAACAAGUGGUAAUUGUUUGAUGACAAGUUUAUUACAUCAAUUAUUAAUUCGGAUUUCACAGUUUAAAAUUUGUUAACCAUCGUUUUGCAAGUUUCUUCCAUAUCUUUCACAUUUCUAGCUUAAUUGGGGGAAAAACGUGGUUUGCCCAAAUUUUUUUGUGGAAUAUGUUAUGGUUGCAAAGUGAUAUUCGUACUGUUUUCUUUAUUAUAAAUCUCGGAGAAGAAGAAAUAUUGAGUUCAAUUUUAAUGUUAAUCUGGCUUACUUUUCUUUAUUUCUCAGUCAUAUUGUAAAAUACCUAGUAAUGAUGUGAAUUUUUUUAUAUAAAUUUUCUUUCAAACAAUCUUCUGUUUGAGGAAGCUUGUUAAGAAAGGCAUAAAAAUAUAUUCAAAAUAAAAAGCAUCUUGUUGAGCUUUUUCUGUGAUGUCCUGCAAAGUUAAAGCUAUUUUUCACCCUUUCGAGAUCAAUGGAAUUGGAAAUUUGGGCUCCAAAGGGUUAAUCAAACCCAAUUGAUUCUCAUAAUCAAUUAAUAAUAGAAAAUUAAGAAUGAAGCUAGUCUUAUUUUUUAUUAAUAAUAUUUAUUUUUUUUAACCUUAAUUGUAUAAUAUUGUUAUAAGAAGCGUAUCAUUCGAAUAUUUUCUUGGCUUAUAUACCAAAAAUGAAUGAUUCAUUAAAUAUUUUGAAAUAGUAUUGAAUUCUUUUUUUUAUUAUUUUUCUUAGGUGAGGCCAUAAAGUGAGUAUAAAGUUCUGUGUUAUCUAUGCAUUAUGUCAAACUUAUGACAGUUCUAUGAACUGAAGGUUAGAUAAUUGUCUAAUACAAAAUAAAAUUGAAAAAAAUACUCAAAACCUAAUUGUGUUUAAGGGACUAAUUUUAAACAAUUCAUUAUGUGGUUUGAAAUACUACCUAGUAUGGGUAUAAUUCUUAGCUUAAUGGCUUUGCCCCAUGGAGCACUUUAUGUAAUGAGCCAAGUAGUUCAUGGAAAUCAUUUCCGGAGAUCCCUCGACACACCAGAACUUUGUAGACAGUAUCUUAGAGAUGAACGGUUAACAGGAUCUGCAUAUAAACUAAAUGGUCUGGAAACUAUUCCAGAUGCUUAAAUUUUCGAACAAAAACAAAUUUUAAUUGUUCAUUAUUAGAUGAGAAGUUGUAUGUAAUAUAGAUUCGAAAAGCC